AUGCUUUUCCCCCCAGUGAAUCAGAACCAUUACAUUCUCACUCACAAAGUGUCACAGGUUAUGAGGCCCAUCCGCUCACCCUGCUCGCGACUCAACAUCUUUUUCAACACUCGUCUUCGACCUCGUAUUGUCUUCCUCACUAAGAUGCCAGCUUGGACCACCCAAAACCCUUCCGCUCUCAUUGGGAACGUUCCGGUUCUAGACGGGAACUCGGUUGGCUUUCCAGCUUGGCGCACUCGACUCGAGGAACUCUUCGCCAUCCAGGGGGUGCACGAUAUUGUUGUUGGCAAGCUUGCUCGACCGGAAGGCGAUUAUAAACACAAGGAUUCUAAACCCGUUACGCAGGGCUCUCAGUGUAUCUACUUCGCCAAAGAAUCUGGGUCUGAUUGGGAUACACUCUUGGAUGUAGCUUGUGCGACCUUAAAAAUGACGCUCUCGAUCGAUCUAGCAAUCAGAUACAAGGAUCUCAAGCUGGUCAAUGUAUUGUUCAAGACUAUCUGCGACGCAUAUGAAAAGGACACCCGCGCGAGACGAAUGAUGUUACAAGAUUUGUUCUGGGGUGCACGUCAUGAUCCCAGUCAACCGAUAGCCCGAUACAUCGCAAAGGUUCACAAUGCCGCCUCGGACCUCAAGUCGGUUAAAUUGACUCCUGCAGAUCAACAAAUAUGCGAUCAACUUCUCCGUGGUCUGGACGACUCGUGGAAGACGAUCAAGGAUCAUCUGGUCUAUUCACCAACGGAAAUCUCCCUUGAUGACGCCAUUGGGGCGCUCGAGGCGCACGAAGUGUCAACGCAGGUCUCGUUUGACAAUGGUCCGGAUGCUUUUGCGGCUGCUGCGGCGACAAAACCAAAAAAGUCUGGCUGUUGGAGAUGUGGCGAGAUCGGUCAUCACUCGUUGGUUUGUCCAAAUCCUCCCCUGAAGAACCGACCCAAAGCUCAAGCAAACAAUAUUGAGGCACGAGCCGGCGCCACAUCAGCGGUCCCACUUGGAGGUGGUGGCCCUAGCGAUGAAGAAGAUGAAGAGGACAACUUCGAUCCAGAAAUCGACGUCGUGUGGGGAUAA